AUGUCAAAAGUAUCGAGGCAUUUGUCUCUACACUUCUCUACCAAAUAUUUCAAGGGUAUAACUCAUGAGGAUAUAUUGAAUGGUUUACUGGAAAAAGUUGAAAACAAUGACAUUAAAGCUAUUCAAAUUACCGAAAGUGAUUGCAUAAUUACUCUUCGAGAUAGUCAGGUGAAGGAAAAUCUUCUAAUGUCGGAUUUAACGGUCAAAAACAGAAACAUUACUCUGAUUGAUGUAGAGAAACAAAUUACAAAUGUUACUAUAAAAGAUGCCCCAGUCGAACUAGACGAUUCCUUCAUUGUCAAACACAUGAUGGCCUAUGGACAGGUAGUGUCAGGUUUGAUAAAACGUGGCACAAUUAAAAACACAAGUAUUGAAACCGGGACAAGAUAUUUACAAAUCUUAAACUGUGUAUCAACCCUUCCCAAUCGAACACACUUCGGAGAUCACGAAGUUCGAUUAUUUGCUGAUAACAAUAGAACAGAGUGUCCAUAUUGUAAAAAUACCGAUCACCCGUCGUUUAAAUGCCCGAACAAACCUGAUCAAAAUGUAGUGUGCUUUAAAUGCAAUAAAUCAGGCCACAUAGCAUUUAACUGUCAAAACGACCCAGUGUGUCAGUGCUGUAAACAAGAGGGUCACAGCAAAGAUGACUGUCAAAAACUUGCUGAAAAACUUGCCCUAAAAUAUGGAAAAUGUGCCUCCGAAAUUCUGGAAAGUAACGAAGCAAUGCAUGAUGAUUAA